GGCGUCCCAAGAAUCAUAGGUGGGUGACAGAGAGAGAGAGAUCUCUCCAUUCUUCCCAACCCAGCAGUUCUAGCUAGCUAGCUAUCUAGUUCAUCAUCCCCAUCCACCGAGCUCGAUAUCCCUGGCCAUGGCCAUCUCCAUGGCCUCUCCCUUGUCUUCUUGGCCUUGGGCAUUCUUAGGCUCAUACAAGUAUUUGCUGUACGGGCCGGUGGUGGGGAAGGUGGUGCAGGAGUGGAGGGAGCAAGGGAGGUUGCCGCUGGGGACGUCGUGGUGCCUCCACCUCAUCCUCCUCCUCGCGCUCCGGUCGCUCACCUACCAGCUAUGGUUCUCCUACGGCAACAUGCUCUUCUUCACCCGCCGCCGCCGCGUCGUCGACGACGGCGUCGACUUCCGCCAGAUCGACACCGAGUGGGACUGGGAUAACAUGGUGAUCAUGCAAACCCUAAUCGCGGCGGUGCUGGUCACCAGCCGUGUCUUCCCUGCCACGUCGGAUCUCUCGGCGUGGGACCUACGUGGGUGGGCCAUCGCUGUGGUGCUGCACGUGGCCGUUUCAGAGCCGGCCUUCUACUGGGCCCACCGGGCCCUCCAUCUGGGCCCACUCUUCAGCCGGUACCACUCCUUGCACCACUCCUUCCAAGCCACCCAAGCUCUCACAGCUGGGUUCGUGACGCCAUUGGAGAGCCUGAUCCUGACGCUGGUGGCGUGGGCCCCACUUGCAGGGGCCUUCAUGGCGGGACACGGCUCCGUGAGCCUGGUCUAUGGACACAUCCUCCUCUUCGACUACCUCCGGUCCAUGGGGUACAGCAACGUCGAGGUCAUCUCACACAAGACCUUCCAGGAUUUUCCCUUUCUCAGAUACCUCAUCUACACACCAUCGUAUCUUAGCCUACACCACAGGGAGAAGGACUCCAAUUUCUGCCUGUUCAUGCCUCUCUUUGAUGCCCUGGGAGGGACCCUCAACCCCAAGUCUUGGCAGCUUCAGAAGGAGGUUGACCUAGGAAAGAACCAUCGGGUGCCGGACUUUGUGUUCCUGGUGCACGUGGUGGACGUGGUGUCGUCGAUGCACGUGCCAUUCGCGUUCCGAGCGUGCAGCUCGCUGCCGUUCGCGACGCACCUCGUCCUUCUCCCGCUCUGGCCCAUCGCCUUCGGCUUCAUGCUCCUCCAGUGGUUCUGCUCCAAGACCUUCACUGUCAGCUUCUAUAAGCUCCGCGGCUUCCUCCACCAGACCUGGAGCGUGCCCCGCUACGGCUUCCAGUAUUUCAUCCCUUCGGCGAAGAAGGGCAUCAAUGAGAUGAUCGAGCUCGCGAUCCUGAGGGCGGACAAGAUGGGCGUCAAAGUGCUCAGCCUUGCUGCACUCAACAAGAAUGAGGCGCUCAAUGGGGGUGGCACGCUGUUCGUCCGCAAGCAUCCCGACCUGCGGGUGAGGGUGGUGCACGGCAACACCCUGACGGCGGCGGUGAUCCUCAACGAGAUCCCCGGCGACGUCGCGGAGGUGUUCCUCACCGGUGCGACGUCGAAGCUCGGCAGAGCCAUCGCUCUCUACCUCUGUAGGAAGAAGAUCAGAGUCUUGAUGCUGACACUGUCAACGGAGAGGUUCAUGAAUAUUCAGAGGGAGGCCCCUGCGGAGUUCCAGCAGUAUCUGGUCCAGGUCACCAAGUACCAGGCUGCACAGAAUUGCAAGACGUGGAUCGUGGGGAAGUGGCUGUCGCCGAGGGAGCAGCGGUGGGCGCCGGCGGGGACGCACUUCCACCAGUUCGUGGUGCCGCCGAUCAUCGGGUUCCGGCGGGACUGCACGUACGGGAAGCUCGCCGCGAUGAGGCUGCCGGAGGACGUGGAGGGGCUGGGGACGUGCGAGUACACCAUGGGCCGCGGCGUCGUGCACGCGUGCCACGCCGGCGGCGUCGUCCACUUCCUGGAGGGGUGGGACCACCACGAGGUCGGCGCCAUCGACGUCGACCGGAUCGACGCCGUCUGGAACGCCGCGCUCAGGCACGGCCUCACGCCGGCGUGAACGCCGGCGACGGCGACGGCGGCUAGUAGUAACUACGUACAGCACGGGGACGCCGAAUAACUUUCGUGUUGUGCGUGUGUGUCGAUCGAUUGUACGUUGCAUUGUUCGCUCGCCCGGCUAGCUUAAUUAAUUAUCGGGCGUGCUUGUGUUGUGUGUUGAUAGCUAGCGUCGUACGUAAGAAUACCGCAGAAAUGACAAGAAAGAAUGGAUGAUUCCUCGUACACUU